AUGGCAACAAAUAUUCAUGACGAUGAAAAAAUCCGGACUGAAGUUAACAUUCAAGAAAAUGUGCAUGAAGAUAUGCUGAAAGAUUCAGAAAUGAGAAAGCUGGCAGCUAUAACAGAUGAUAUAGAUAGUAUUAGUCGUCGAACAGGCACUACAGAACAAUUGGUUGUAGUCAAGAAAUCCUCAUCAGCACUAUUAACUCAACAAUCGUCUUCAAUACCACGAGACCUAUGGACAAAUAAAAUUGAAUUUCUUUUAUCAGUUAUUGGUUACGUAGUUGAUCUUGGUAAUGUUUGGCGAUUUCCGUAUACAUGCUAUAAGAAUGGUGGUGGUGCAUUUUUAAUUCCGUACAUGAUCUUUCUAUGUAUUCUUGGAAUUCCGAUGCUUUAUCUUGAAUUAUUUCUUGGUCAAUUUUAUCAUUGCGGCAAUAUUACAUUAUGGGGUAGAAUAGCACCAUCCAUGAAAGGUAUUGGUAUAGCAUCAUUUUUAAUCGUUACUGCUGUUACAUUGUUCUAUACAACUAUCAUCGCACAUGCUGUUUUUUAUUUAUUUGCGUCAUUUCGAAGAAUUAUGCCAUGGAGUUUAUGUUCUCAUUCAUGGAAUACACGACUUUGUUCGGAACGUUUGCGUCCAGACGAAAUAAAUAAUCAAACUUUUGGAGAUAUUCAUUCCAAUGGAUCAUUACCGUAUAUAAAUGAAUCGAAAAUUUCAUCAGCUGAAGAAUAUUAUGAUAUCUAUAUGUUAGGUAUAAACCGUUCAACAGGUUUAAAUGAUUUAGGUUCUAUUAAAACUGAUUUACUUUUAUGUCUUAUAUCAAUAUUCAUUCUUAUGUAUGUGUGCAUUUUUCGCGGAGUCAAAAGUACAGGCAAAGCUGUUUAUAUCACUGCUGUAUUACCUUAUAUUGUUUUAAUAAUAUUACUUAUUCAAGGUCUUAGUUUAGAAGGUUCACUAAAUGGUAUAACUUAUUUUUUAAAGCCAACAUUUGAAAGAUUGAAAGAUUUGAAAGUCUGGUAUUCAGCAGCGAAUCAAAUAUUUUUUACGCUUGGUUCUGGUUUAUCUGUUUUAACAACUUAUGGUUCAUACAAUAUAUCAACAAAUAAUUGUUAUUAUGAUGCGUUAAUUGCUGUUGUAGCAAAUUUUGCAGCAAGCUUUCUAGCUGGUUUUGUUGUUUUUUCUGCCCUAGGUCAUAUGUCAUGGCGCUUGAACAAAAAUGUAGCGACAGUUGUUGAUCAAGGAUCAAGUCUAUCAUUUAUAGCUUAUCCAGAAAUAUUAGCAACAUUUAAAUAUCCAACAUUUUUUUCAAUAAUAUUCUUCUUAAUGGUGAUUAAUCUAGGACUCGAUAGUGAUUUUGGUGGUUUAGAAGCUAUGUAUACAGCAUUGAGUGAUGAAUAUGUAUUAUUAAAGCGUCAUAGAAAAUGUGGCAUGUUCAUUAUGUGUUGUGUACUUGUUAUUGCUUGUUUGCCAACAGUUACGUACGGUGGAAAUUAUGUUGUACAAUAUUUGGAUAAAUUCUCAACUGGUCCAGCAUUAAUGCUUGUUGUCAUGAUGGAAGCAAUUGCUGCCAGUUGGGUUUAUGGAAUUAAUAAUAUUGCCAAUGAUAUGCGAAUACAUCUUGGUUUUGAACCGAAUUAUUUUUUUCGUUUUACUUGGAAAAUUUUAUGUCCAUUCAUUGUUACUUUAUUAAUGAUAUUUUCAUUAAUCUCUUCCGAUGAAUUAAUGUAUGGAAAUUACCUAUAUCCAUCAUGGUCAAUUGUAUUUGGUUGGUGUUUCAAUAUGACUUUAAUUUUACCAAUACCAAUAGUUAUGAUUUAUGUAUUUAUACGUUAUUCUGAUUCAGAAAAAUCUUUAAGAGAACGUAUUUACUUCUUAUUUGUACCAACAAUAACAAAGCAAAAAUUAAAACAACAGGUUGAAAAUGGAAAUGCAUUUAUUGUACCAUCAUCACCACCAAUUUCACAUGUUUAA